CCCCGGUAUUGAGCAAGAUCUGCCCACACGAACGGAAGAUGGAACUGGUAUUCUCACCAGGUAGGAUAAAUGACAACGAGGGAGAUCCCUUCCAGAAUGAAGAGGUACGUGAGUGGUCCCACGUCGAUCGUCUGACUGGCAUGCUAGAACGUGCCAGGAUCGAGACCGGUCGAUGGCAAACUAGAAACCAGGGUGCUGCACAUUCCUACGGCAAGGUGAUCGACUCGCGUGAACGUAAUUCCGCAGACGGUAGUGUCGUGCAGAAGGCUAGGAGGCAGGUUGAGAUAUUCCAAAGUCAAGCAGCUGGUGGCAGGUCAUACCAGGUCGUGAGAGCCUCUCAAUGGUCAUCUUCCAGAGUCACUGACUCCACCUCCACCAGUCCUGUACCUGUCACUUUUAGUGACACUCACCGCAAGAACGAAGCGGAUGGCAAGGUUGAGGUUAAGGCUGGUUUUCGAAGAGCGAUCACGGCGACAGAGGAUCCUGGUCUGAACAGAUUGUCUCAGGUGUCGAGACUGUGUAGGCAGAUUCACAACGAGACCCUUAACAAUAAAUCCUUGACAGCGUCCAAGCUGAAUUCUUCGCCGGUGACUAACAGGCGUCUGAAGAGACCAGAAGUAAGAGAGGAUGGAAGGUCCUUGUGUUUGCUGAACGGAAAGAAGAGCACGUCCAACGAAGAUAUAACGAAUUUGAUUAACGAAAAGGAUACGGUUGUUCCGCAGACUAAAUUUACCAGAGAUUGUAGAACAAGACGUUCUCUGCAGAUAACGAACUCUAGUACGGAUUCAAGUUGGAGAGACAGGAAAGAAGCCAACAGGAAGAUGAACGGAACCGGCAGUGUGAGACUAUCAGACCUGAGUUUGAAAUCCAAAGCCACCACGAAUGGUACACACAAGAUAGACAUCAAGGAACCUGAUGAUUAUUCUAGAAAAGAGAGCACGUUGACCCAUGGAGAGAAUGAAAGCGUGCAGCAUGAAAAUAUUGUUAAAAAAUUUGAUUCCACUGUAGGAAUUAAUCGUAACAAGCUCAGGUCUUAUGUGCUGGGUGUGGAAAGUUCCAGCGAUAAGGAAACAGACAGUUCUGCUAGUAAUGUCAGUGACGCAACGACACGCAGAAUUUUAUCUACGCUUUCCUUCAAAGAUACUACUGAAAGAGACAGCGAAAGUUCAAACAGUGGUAGCGAAAAUUCUCCACGUAGAAUUUCAACGCUUUCCUUCAAAGAUUUUAACCCGAUCAGAGAUAAGAAUGAUAACUCUAUUGAUAACCAUAACGAAAUUAGUCGAAGGACCUCUAAGAUCUCUUUUGAUAAACGUGACAAGGGUGACAGAGACUUUGACAACUAUGAAUAUCACAGGCCACAGACAUUGUCCAGCAUUGCCAAUAUAUCCAAGACACUUCAUUCUGUUCCUUCUAUUAAAUCUACCACCUCAGGUAAAUCCAAUACUACUGUAGUCCACCUGAGCAGUACUCCGUCUGAUCAGGAUAGUCAUUUACUGUCCAAGCAGAACAUAGUGACGGUGAGAUCAUCAGGAACGAACGUAGGAACCAUUCCUGUAGGAGUACUUCAGUGUAGAAUUCAGUCAUCCAGCGUUCAUCAUCCUAAUGAGAGUUUGAACGACCUGGACCUUGAGAGGCACAAGGAGUAUCAUCUACAAGAAGAAUUAGACUUGAGAAACCAGGUCGAUUCCUUAGAUAAAAAUAGUCAUACGCACAACGACUUCCUGGGCGUGUCUCUAGGCAGGCCAACGAAGAAGGUGGGUUUCUGCAAAACGGAAGUUCACUUUGCUGCGGAUUCCGGGAAGGUGAAUAUCGUCGAGACGGACGGGAAGCCGCCGCCGUCUAAUAAAUUUCGUAGACGUCGUCGUGGCACUCUGGGUAUUCCUGUAAUCAAUAAGAAUCUGCCUCAUAUUCAUUUCGGCGAUACUUCCUAUGAGAAAUAUAUAUUCGGUGGCAGUAAUACUGUCCAGGGUGAUAAGAUUACGUCACCGGAUCUCAGUAACAUCCGGAAACGUGGUGAAUUUGAGAAAUCAUUGAAGCCAACAGAUUCAAAUGUGAUAUUUGAUCAGAAAAAUGGAUGGGGAGUAAGACUGAAAUCCAUCCUCGAGCCCGAAUAUAGAAAUAGUAUUAAUGUUGACAUCACUUCCGGUAUCGGUUACGAUAACGAUGCGAAAACAAUGGAUCAAAAGAUACGUGGUCACACUACUACGGUGAAUCUUGGUGCUAACGUUCUGUCCAAAAUGCAGCAUAUCGAGCAAGGGAAAUGCAAUCCUAUAAGCACUGGAAUUCAUCUGCGUUUUGAAGCACGACCAGAAUCAUUAGGAUCCGUAACAAGGAGGAGUAAACUAGAGGACUUAGAGAACUCUAGAAAGAUUUCACUCCAGAUGCCAUCAGGGAUGUCUAGGCUGUCCAGACCUUUGAUCCAGAAUCAUCAACCUGGACUGAAGUCCACUCAUCUUGUCAUGAGUCUGAAGAGUGCCAAUAACAUUAGCGCUGUCAUCAGGAAUAAAAUCAGUGAUGACUUCGACGUGAUUUCGCACGGCAGGUUAACCCAAGAUGAUUUGCGCGACACGGCAGCAUCUUUGAAGAAAAAUAAUACAAUGAUUAGCAUAAAUAAAAAUAGCCUGAAAUCGCUAGAGAAUAUUUCAAACGAUACAAAGACUCCAUUCUUAUCCCUCGUUAACGUACAGAAUGCUCCAGUUCGUUCGACGAAUUUUGAUAAUUUCUUCUCCUCGCUUCCUGCCUGCACGGAAGUGACGCUGCGUCGAGAGGAGGCUGAUUUUGAUCUGGAGAAUAAUAAUUGUAAGACGUCAAGCAACAUUUCGAAUGUAUUUUCUACGAAGAACGAGAUAACGUCAUCCGCCAUGAUGAAAAUGAAACUGAAUACUGGAGUCAAUGUGAACACGCCUUACUAUUCGAAUCGUAUGAAAAUAAUGACAUCGAGAAUACCCAAUCGUAUUGGGUGCGCCAGCUGCAAGAGAACGAUUAAUAAAAUAAUAAAAAAUCAAGAUAAUCAGCAGCAGUACAGUUCCGGAAGUGAACAAGCCGACGAGGAAGUUCGUUCGUACAUGCUGGGAUCGGAUCUUCAUGAAGAUCAAUAUUCAUGUAACGAAUUCGAUCGUACGGAAUUUAAGGAGACGAAGAGACUCGAUAAAUGGAAAUCAAGUCCACCCCUGAUUAUUCAUACUAAAGAAGAUAAUAUUUGCACAGAAGAAUCAGGUCUGAAUAACGUCGAUGAACUCCUGCUCAAUGAGAUCUCAGAAACCAUAGCGAUCCCUAGUCCGGAAGGGAGACGCAAGGAGCCAUCGAUAGAUCCAGUCGAGAGAGUCUGUGAUAAGAAAGAUCCGGUAUUAGGAAAAGUCAACAAGAUUGAUAGUAACAGUGUUUUAUCUUCGGACACAGAAAAUAAUCCUGUACUUCUUAAAGUGGUGACUACUCACAAGCCAGUGACUGCUAUAGUGGAGAGCGAUCGUUCUCCUGAUCUUAAUAAAAGAAAGAUAAGGUCCACGAUUAUAAAUAAAGACGAGAGAGUUAUAGAGCAUAGUAAAAAAGGAUCACGAAGGACUCUUGAUAUAAUGGAUAGACGAGCGAAGCACGAAGCCAAAGAUCACUGUGAUAAUUCCAGAGAAAAAAUAACGAAGAAUUCAUAUAAUAAAAAGGACAAUAAUCUAGAUCCUGUGUACGUUAAUGUCUUUGACGCUACUGAGAGUGACGUACCGCUCUAUGAGAACUAUCAGGUUGAUAAUAAAAAGGAGUCCAAGGAAGAUAGAAAGGAUAAGAGUGUGAAUGGCGAGCGCGAUUCACCUUUGGCAGAAUUAAAGAGAGUGACCAAUGAGACACUGAGGUCUGUGAACGAAAGAGGAUCAAAAUCUGAUUCUAGUAGGAAGGAUAGCAAGGAUGAAAGUAACGUAAGAGAAUCUCGUAGAGUGAAGAAGCAUCAGCUGGAUACAAUUUCCGAGAGCAGGGUAAACGACAGUGAGAAGCGUGGUAGAAGGAAGGAGAUUAAAUUGAAAGGUAAAGAGAGAAGACUCACCUCUUCGUCCACGUCGAGUAUUGACAGUAUUGGUCGGAUGCCAAGUGAAACUGUCAAGAGACAAAAUUCCAAACGACACGAUAACAAGUCUACGGGAUCAAGAGACUCGACCGAGUCUCGCGCCAAGUCUGGUAAUUCGCGUGAAGGUAGCAGAGAUCGUAAGAGAGUCGUGGAUGACGUAUCGGACGGUAAAGUCACUCGCGACAAAGGAGAUUCCGUCGGUAAAGAAAAAUCGAAAAAUUCUACGAAUAAAAUUAGGGAAUUAGCUGGAAAUAUUAAUGUUGACAAGAAACUUAAUGGGUCCACUAGAUCUAAGAAACCAAUUGAAAUUGUAUAUCAGACGGCAGUGUAUAAUAUGAAAAAUGAAAAACUUUCGAAACCUUUGAAAACGAAGGAAUCAAAGUCACCGCGAUACAUUAAUGAUCUCAUAUGCGGAAGUAAAUCGAAACGGCCAGUCGAUGUGAAACGUGUCAAAGCUACUGCUACGUCGCAGCAGUACACGAGUAACAAAGGUGCUUCCCAGGCAAACAGAUACUGGAAAUAAAAGAAAUGAAGUAACUAAAACUCGAGUCUCUUCGCGUCGACAAGUUCCUCGUAUCUCUUACUCAACCUUCCAGGCUAAUAAUAAAACUUAAUACUAAAUUAAGAAGCUGUGCUACUACGUAUUAGGCAAAAUAAUAGUUCCUCUUUACACAUGCUUAUUACUUCCUAUACUGGAGCUUUCUUCAAAUAAAAUUUACAAUUUCACAAAAAGUA